UCCCAUUUUCAAAACGCUCUCUUACACUAAAGAAGCUGCUGUACGAUUUGUCCCUAGUUAGGUGGAGUAGUUAGUGUCCUUUCCCCUCCCAUUUUCAAAACGCUCUCUGACAUUAAAGAAGCUGUUGUACGUAUCUCUGAAUCUUCCCUUUGCUCUUUCCAACAUGCUUCUCUCUCUCCUCCUCCGCCGCCGCCGCCACCACCACCACCACCAACACCAUCUUCUCAGUGUCCGUCUACUGCUUCUCCACCACCAAUGCAAACCCUUAUCCACUCUCACCAUCUCACUCUCCCACCCAACGUACAUCAUCUGGUCCUCCAACACCUCCCUUGGCAAAACUCUAGUUUCCACGGGCCUAUCCUCCUCCUUCCUCCUCUCCCCUUCGUCUUCCAACGCCAAAAAACUCCUCUACCUCAAACCUCUCCAAACAGGGUUUCCCUCCGACUCCGACUCCCGCUUUCUCUUCCAAAAACUCUCUUCUUUAUCUCUCCGCCGCAAUCUCCCCCUCUUGUCCUCCCAUUCCGUACUCCUCUCUUCCCUCCCCGCCGCCAAAUCAUUUAAACCAAACGAAUUCUCUGUUACUGAGUCACAGGAGAUGUGUGAAUUGGGGUUUUAUGAGGAGAGUAAGGUUUUGGAGGAGGGAAGGGUUGUUCCAGAGCUUGUUUCAGAGACGCUGUACGCUUGGGAGGGCGCGCUGUCUCCUCAUUUGGCUGCGGAAAGGGAGGGUGGGGCGGUGGGGGAUUGUGAAGUGGUUAAGAAAGUGGAGAGACGUUUGAGGGAAGGCUUGUUGGAGGGUGGUGUUGAGAGGGGGAGGUUGGAUGGGUUUUGUGUGUUGGAGACUGCCGGUGGGGUCGCCAGUCCUGGACCCUCAGGGACUCUUCAAUGCGAUCUUUAUCGGCCCUUACGCUUUCCUGGUGUUCUUGUUGGAGAUGGGCGGUUGGGUGGUAUAUCUGGAACUAUUUCAGCUUAUGAGAGUUUGAAACUACGAGGUUAUGAUGUUGUUGCUAUUGUUAUUGAAGAUCAUGGCCUUGUAAAUGAAACACCAUUAAUGUCAUAUUUGCAUAAUAGAGUGCCUGUGCUUGUGCUGCCGCCAAUUCCUCAAGAUCCAUCAAACAACCUAAUGGAAUGGUUUGACGAAUCGCGCAAUGUAUUUAAUUCUUUGAAAGACAUAAUGCUGGAAGCUUAUUUAGAAAGAAUGCAGAGACUUAAUGAAAUGCCGAGAAGAGCUGGGGAUGUUUUCUGGUGGCCAUUUACUCAGCACAAAUUUGUACCAUCUUGUACUGUUGCAGUCAUUGAUUCACGUUGUGGUGAAAACUUUUCAGUCUACAAGGUUCAGAACAAAGAGGUCAUAACUCAACAAUUUGAUGCAUGUGCUAGUUGGUGGACACAAGGACCAGAUGCAACUUUACAGACUGAACUUGCAAGGGAUAUGGGUUAUGCUGCUGCAAGAUUUGGGCAUGUAAUGUUCCCUGAGAAUGUCUAUGAGCCAGCUUUAGAAUGUGCAGAGCUUUUGCUCGACGGUGUGGGGAAAGGUUGGGCCUCUCGGGUGUACUUUUCAGAUAAUGGUUCUACAGCAAUUGAAAUUGCUCUCAAGAUGGCAUUUAGAAAAUUUAUUUCCGAUCAUGGAAAUUUUCUAGAGUUAUUGAAGAAUAACUCUGCUGAAAGAUGUAUCGAGCUAAUGGUUCUGGCUCUUAAGGGAUCUUAUCAUGGUGAUACUUUAGGUGCAAUGGAAGCACAGGCACCAUCAUCUUAUACAGGAUUCUUGCAGCAGCCAUGGUAUACUGGAAGAGGGCUUUUUCUCGACCCUCCAACUGUGUUUAUGAACAAUGGCAAAUGGACUCUCUCACUUCCUGAAGUGUUUUAUUCUGAAAUGUUGAAACUGGAAGAUAUUACCUUUAGGUCUCGUGAUGAAAUUUUUCUUAAGAACAGGGACAAAUCAACUCUUGCUGGCCUGUAUUCAUCAUAUUUAUCUCAACACUUAUCACAGUAUUCAGGAUUAUCUGGGAUUAAGCAGAUAGGAGCCUUAAUUAUAGAACCAGUUAUCCAAGGUGCUGGAGGAAUGCACAUGGUUGAUCCACUUUUCCAGCGGAUGCUUGUCAAUGAGUGUCGACACUGUAGAAUUCCAGUAAUCUUUGAUGAGGUUUUUACAGGUUUCUGGCGUUUAGGAGUAGAGGCUGCAGCAGAACUGCUUAGUUGUGUACCAGAUAUAGCCUGCUUUGCAAAAGUUAUGACUGGGGGGAUCAUCCCGUUAGCUGUCACACUGGCAACUGAUGCUGUUUUUGAUUCAUUUAUUGGAGACUCAAAGCUUACGGCUCUUCUGCAUGGACACUCAUAUACCGCCCAUGCAAUGGGGUGCACAGCGGCUGCUAAAUCUAUUAAAUGGUUCAAAGAUCCAAUGACAAACCUUAAUAUCACAUCUGAAAAAUCUCAGAAAAUGUUGCUUAGGGAGUUAUGGGAUGCAGAACUCGUGCAACAGAUCUCAUCACAUCCUUCUGUCUCAAGGGUGGUCACAUUAGGAACUCUGUUUGCUCUAGAACUACAAGCAGAUGGGUCUAAUGCUGGGUAUGCAUCUCUAUAUGCAAGCUCUCUUCUUGAGAUGCUCCGCGAGGACGGUAUAUACACCAGGCCCUUAGGAAAUGUCAUCUAUUUCAUGUGUGGACCCUGCACAUCCCCUCAAAUCUGCACCCAACAACUCAUCAAACUCUAUAGAAGGCUUGAAGAGUUCACUCAAGUCAAAAGAGAGACGAAAAUUAAUUAAACCGGUAUCGAACUUUUCUUUUCUUUAGAUUUUUCUGCUGCAUGUAGUAUUCUUCAUUAGUUCAUGUAUGACCUUAUUAAACUUUUAUCAUUUUUGUACCCCCAAAAAAAUUGGAUAUGUAGGUCUGACAUGGUUUCCAAAUGAA